AUGGGAUUUGGGGGAAAAUGGAGGAUGUGGAUCCGCGGAUGCCGUAAUUCAGCGAAAGCUUCUGUCCUAGUCAACGGAAACCCAACGGAUGAGUUUAGUACCUCAAAAGGGGUCCGUCAAGGGGACCCGUAUUCGCCGUUUCUGUUUAUUGCAGCAAUGGAAGGUCUAAGUGUGGCAAUAAAAGCAUCUUGCAUUAAUGGGGUGUUCAAAGGUGUUCAGAUGCCACAUGGUGGUCCGAUGAUCACUCAUUUAUGGUACGCCGACGACGCAUUGUUCAUCGGAGAGUGGUCCGAACAAAAUAUCAAGAACUUGGCUAGGGUCUUACGUUGCUUUCACGUAUCGUCGGGCUUAAAGGUAAACUUUAACAAAUCAAAUGUUUAUGGUAUUGGUGCACAUACAACUGAAGUUGCGUGUUGGGCAAGGCCUCUCGGAAGCGACCCAUCCACCCUACCGUUCAAUUACUUAGGCGUACCUGUGGGAGGCAACAUGAAAUUGAAGAAGCAUUGGAAACCGAUGGUGGAUAGAUUUCAUGGAAAAUUGUCAAUUUGGAAAGCAAAAUCACUUUCAUUCGGGGGACGAUUAACGCUCAUUAAAUCGGUAAUGGGGAACCUCUCAGAAUACUUUCUAUCACUAUUUGUAGCACCCGAAAGAGUAAUCAAUACACUGGAGAAAAUUAGACGUCGAUUCUUAUGGGGGGGGUCAGAGGAGCAAACAAAAAUCCAUUGGGUUACAUGGGAGAAGGUAAUAGCGGAUAAGAAGCUAGGUGGUUUGGGGGUGGGUUCCUUAAAAGCACUAAAUACUUCCCUUAUUGUAAAAUGGUUUUGGAGAUUAAGAGUGGAACAAAGGGCAUUAUGGGCAAAAGUUAUUAAAGGAACUUGGAAAAACAUUACUGGUGCAAAGAAAGACCUAGAGAAAAAAGGAGUUUCAAUUGAUCAGGUGAUUAAAAAGAAUGUGCAGCCACAUGGUGUAACUUGGUCGUGUGGCCUCACGACUGAUGGUGAGUUUAACGUCAAAGCAUUGAGAGUUAGAUUGCAAACUCAGGAACCGGUAGGCAUUGGAAAAUUCUUAUGGGUUAAACAGGUGCCUUUAAAAGUAACGAGCUUCAUAUGGAGGGCUAGAUUAGGGCGAAUACUAGCUGUAGUGGAACUUAUCAAAAGAGCGGUGAUGGUGGACUCAAACAUUUGUCAACAGUGCGGGAACGCAGAAGAGAAGGUGGAUCACAUUUUUUUGGAUUUUAGGUAA